UUCACUUAAUCAGUGUUGUUGUAGUUCAGACGCGAUUAGAAGCAGCUUGAGUAUGAGGAGCAAUACCUUGCUUUUGGGGGUUCUAUUACUCGUGAACGGUGUAUUUGAUGUUGAAGCAGAUGAAGUGUUGUCCGUAUCAGUGAUGGAGGGGGAUUCAGUCACUCUACACACUGAUGUUACUGAAGUACCGAAGGAUAGUAACAUAAUAUGGAAGUUUGGUGAUAAAAUCAUUGCUAAAAUGAUUGAAGCAGAUGCAACUACCUUAACAUAUAAUGAUAUGAUAUUCAAAGACAGACUGAAUCUGGACAGACAGACUGGAUCUCUGACCAUCACAAACAUCAGACCUGAACACAUUGGACGUUAUAGUGUAGACAUCAAGAGCACAGAUGCAAAACUGAAGACAUUUCAAGUUACUGUUCAUGGUGUGUUUAUUGCGGAGACAAAUGUAUCAGUGAUGGAGGGAGAUUCUGUCACUCUAAAGACUGAUGAUAAACAGAGAUAUGACAAGAUAGAGUGGAGGUUUGGAGAGGAGCGAAUCGCCGGAAUAAAGGAAGUGAAUGGUACAUAUUAUGAUGAGGUUUGGAGAUUCAGAGGCCGACUGCAGCUGAAUCACACCGGCUCUCUUACCAUUAGAAAUACCACAACUGAACACACUGGACAGUUUAUCACACAGUUUAUCGUCUGAGAAUGAACAUUGGAAGUGCAGAGAUAACCAGGAGCUACAGAGUUACUGUGUAUGGUGAGUAGAUUAUUACGUAACCUAUUACAGAAUAGGCUACAUCAUUAUCAAAAUGAUUAUUCAGGAUGCACAUUUUUAAAGCAUGUUGUGUUUUCCAGCUCCUCUGCCCAUUCCAGUAAUCUUCAUUUACACUUUACAAUCUUCUUCAUCAUCUGAAAGAUCAUCGAGGAUCUUCCUGUGUUCAGUGGUGAAUGUGAGUAAUGUGACUCUCUCCUGGUACAAAGGAAACAGUUUAUUGUCCAGCAUCAGUGAGUCUGAUCUCAAUAUCAGUCUCUCUCUACCUCUGGAGGUGGAAUAUCACGAUAAAAACAUCUACAGUUGUGUAGUGAACAAUCCCAUCAGAAACCAAACCAGACAUCUCUCCAACACUGAACUCUACUGGUUAGGUUCAGGUAUGUGAUUUGAAAAUAUUUUCAGCAUAGCUGUCUUUACUGACCUGGAUUUCUUUUCUUUCGUCAGACUCUGUCCACUGUUGUGGCACUGCUGAAGCUGUGAUCCGAUUGGUCGUCACAGCUCUGAUGAGCGUGGCUGCUGUGGCUGCCAUUGUUGUUCUGGUUUAUGACAUCAAAUCCAGAACAGAAGAGAAAAGAACAAACAUCAACUUAGGCCACCGAUCAGACAAAAUUUGAUUAUAAGACAUAAUCUAAUGUCCAUAAGGCUAAGAACAUGAAAUAUUGCAUAUAUGCUUCCUGUAUACAUUUUCUGUUUUUGGCAUAAUAGAACCAAGCUGUAAGGAUGUAAAGAUAGCCCUGCAUUUGGUUGCAGAAAGUGAAGCAUGUAAUCAGAGAUUAAAAAAAUGAAACAUACA